GGUGUGUCUGUGUGGGCAGACCUCCCCGAGAAGCCGACGGUCUCCUGCUGCAGCAACAACCCCCACUUGAUCGUGUGCACCUGGGUACCGGGACAGCACGCCGACCUGCCCACACACUUCAGGGUCAACACGACGUUCGCGAAGACGCGUGUGGAGUGUCGGCAUGGUGCGGACUUGCCCCCAAACACGUGCCACUUGCCGGGAACAUUAAUGGCGUACGGCAAGUACGUUGUUACGGUGACGGCCAUCAACCCGCUGGGCUGCAACUACAGCAAUUCCUUCAGCUUCUUCCACAAAACAAUCUUGAAGCCGGAUCCCCCCGGUGAUCUCGGCCUGCGCUGGACCGGCAAUGCGCUGCACGUGAGCUGGAGCUACCCGAAGACGUGGGCCGAGGAGGCCGACGCCUUCCCGCUCUGGUUCCAAGUAUGCUACAAGACGGCCAUGUCCCGGGUGUGCAACGAGGGCCCCCCUCUGGACGCCACGGAGAUGAACGUCACGGACGUGAUGCCCAGCAAGGACUACGUGGUACGAGUGCGUGCGUCCGACAAGUACACGAAGAGGUUGUGGAGUGAGUGGAGCCCCGAGGUGCGGAUCAACGCCGCCACAGGUAGCCGUCGCCGCGCCGGGCCGUUUGGCGCGCUCGAUUUGCAGAACUGUUCAGUGCUGAUGUGGACUUUGGCGAGCGAGCCAGUGGAUGGCUUCAGUAGAUUGGUGAUCAUGUGCAAUGCUGCACGGUGA